UAUAAUUGCUGUAAAAAUUUGAUCGAAUUCAGGGCGGGACUAGCAUCCAUGGUGAAUGACAGAAAUUAGGGCAGAAAACGAAAUCCUUGCUUACCCAUUUUCGUAAUUUAGGGUUUUGACAAUGAGAACAAUCCAUGGAAACGACAAGAAAGGAAGGCCCCGAUCAACCACUUGUAUGGAUAGAUGAUGGUGCCCAGCUCAGGUAAUCGAAUGUGUACAGCGAUGAAUCUGAAGGACAGCUGAGCAGUUGACUGCCAAUUCUGUUUUCUCUCGUGAUUUUAUGGUAACAGAGAGCGAAUUCGAUACGAGUAUUUGCAUCGUCGCACAAUCAUUCAUAUUCAUUUUGUCCUCCGAUCGAUUGUGGAAAUUCCGAAUUCGUUCCCCGUAGAUUGCAGUUAAAUCGCUUCUUUUGUUUUGUUUUUUUUAUUUUUUGGGUAAAAUUAAUUUGGCGGGAACUCGAUUUUGUCGCAUCGCGGAUUUGUGUGGGAAUUGGAAAUUCAGGAUUUGAGUGUUUGAAUUUUGCUUUUGGCUCAAUAUGUAGAAGAUAUUCGGUCUGUGUGUGUGUAUGUGUGGAUAGAGAGAGAUGGGAAUUUCGGAUAAUACCAGAGGGUUAAUACUGGCAAUGGUGUCGAGCUUGUUCAUCGGUUCGAGCUUCAUUUUGAAGAAGAAAGGCCUCCGCCGCGCCGGCGCAGCUGGUACUCGCGCAGGUGUUGGUGGGUAUACUUAUUUGCUCGAACCCCUAUGGUGGGCAGGCAUGAUAUCCAUGAUUGUAGGCGAGAUUGCAAAUUUUGUAGCUUAUAUUUACGCUCCGGCCGUUCUUGUCACUCCACUCGGUGCACUGAGUAUCAUAGUUAGUUCUGUUCUGGCACACUUCAUGUUGAAGGAGCAGUUGCGACAGAUGGGCGUACUGGGAUGCAUUUCUUGCAUCGUAGGAUCUAUAGUAAUCGUAAUCCAUGCUCCGGAAGAACAUACUCCGAGUUCUGUACUAGAAGUUUGGGAAUUGGCAACGCAGCCAGCUUUUUUAAUUUAUGUGGCGGCUACAUUAUCUGUGGUGAUCGUGCUGAUGCUGCAUUUCGAGCCUCUCUACGGCCAGACUAACAUACUAGUUUACCUCGGAAUUUGUUCUUUAAUGGGCGCCCUGACGGUUGUGAGCAUAAAGGCGAUCGGGAUAGCAAUAAAACUCACUUUGGAGGGGAUAAACCAAUUCGAAUAUGCUCAGACAUGGUUUUUCUUUUCGGUUGUUGUAAUCUGCGUCGUCACUCAGUUGAAUUACUUGAACAAGGCACUUGACACUUUCGACGCCGCAAUUGUGUCUCCUAUAUAUUAUGUGAUGUUCACAACUCUGACUAUCGUUGCCAGCGCUAUAAUGUUCAAGGACUGGUCCGGCCAGAACAUCAGUACUAUAACCUCUGAAUUAUGUGGAUUCAUUACGGUUCUCUCAGGAACCGUGAUUCUUCAUGCAACGAGAGAUGAAGAACCUGCAGUUGGAUCAGGAACCAUAACAUGGUACGACAGCGAUCAAACAAAAGGGUUGGAUGAUGCACAUUAUAUCACAUUGAACAAUUCGGAUUUCUUCGAUUGAUUCAUUCAUUCAUUCAUUCAUUGAGCGAUUGUGUGUUUUCGGAAACAUCUUUGUCAUCGUCGUCGUCGUCUUGAUGAUUCAUUGGCACUGGCAUUGGCAGAUCUGGUAGAUAGAUGAUGAUGAUGAUGAUGAUUGAUAGAUAUAUAGAUAUUA